AGCUAUCAUUAUUAAUAAUCAGCCUAAGCCAUAUGCAAAUCUAAAUUAAUAAAGAAGAGAGGACAAUAACAAAAUUUCUUACGGACACAUUUGAACAUCUUUUGUGUCGAAUAGAAAAUUUACCUUAAGAUUUUGAUCUAUAUGAUAUAUUCAUCGACAAUAUUUUAUAUAUAGUAAAAAGAAAGACAUCGGCCCACAUGAUUAUAUAUAAAAAUUGUUGUUUAGAAUUUAGGGUAAUGAUCGAAUUAAUUAAUCCAUAGAUAAAAAAAGCAGAUCUAGUAAUUGAUCAUAUUGAUGAAAACAAUAUUCGAAUAUACUUAGAUCCAACAAACAGGAAAGGAGAAUCGUUAAUAAAGAAAGCUGGAACGAUAUAAAAAUAAAAAAUAGUUAAUUUAAAUGAAGAAAUUAGUAAUUAAGAAUUAAGGAUAUAAUAAGAAUAUAUUUAUGAUGCUUAGAAACAUGUAAAAUUAAUUAGAAUUCCUUUAAUUUGUUCACAAACAAAGUCGACAAUUUUUUUUUAUGAAAUUGAUUAGGAAAGUAGAAUUGAUAAAGUUAUAUAAAAGAAAUAGAAUUUUGACAAGAUAGCAGCAGUAUUUACUGAAGAUGAUCCAAAUAAUGAAAGAAUUCAAUAAUUUGAAGAUCAAUUAAGAAAUUUAACUCUUAUAUUUGAUCAUCAUAAUAAUUAGGUUUACUGGGGUGAUUUAUUGAUUAUUUUAUGGAGUAAUGGAAUGAAAACAGUGGUGGAUUAUACAAACAAUUGAACGACU